CUCCUCGCGUCCUUCGCGGGGAUCGCCGCGUCCGAGGCUUCCAAGCGGCUGGCGCAUUCCGUCUCCUUCGGGGUCACGCUCGCGGUGCUCACCAACAUCGCGCAGAUGGUGCACUGGAAAUCCAAGACGCGCGGCGGGACCCGAUGGAACAAACGCGGUCCUUUCCUGCUCACCCUCGCCUCCGUGCCCCUCGUCAUGCUCGACCUGACCAGGCACGUCCUGCAAGACGGCGGAGCGUGGAUCGAGGGGAGCCGAAUGUAUCGACCCGGGUGCGGUCACGCGGACGUGCGUUGCCUGUCGGGGAUCGGCGCGACGUGCCUCCUCGCCACGUACGUCGGGUUCGCGUGCCUCAUCUCCGGCGUGCUGUGGAGCGCGGACGUGACGAGGAAGCUGCGGGACGGGUGGAGGCGAGCGGCCAGGCGCGACAUCGACUAG